AUGGAGGUGAAAAUGGAUAUGGUAGAUGACAAUGGCUGCGGCGAGGUCAGCCCCAGAGCCGAGGUCGUCUGCUACAACAAGGGCGUUGACCAUCUCUCUCAUCUCGACGCCUGCAAAUGUACCAUAAUUACCGAAACCAACAUUGCCCUCGAUGAUAACUUGCGCCUCACCUCCAAGACAGGUGGUGAGACUCGCUCUCGACCAGCAAGUCCACAGCGUCAGCCGCAGAGAAACUGCCGAAGAAAGAGAGCUGGAAGAUCUCACCACCGCCAUCACCACCACCGUCGAAGACGCCACCACCACCGAACUCAACCCUCCCACGACGUUGAUCACCACCGAAGCACCCCAGGGAGAGACCAGGGCGGCGCGAACGCUACUACCGAAGCCGUAACCAAGGCGGACGAGGCUUCGACCGAACCCACUACGACGUCCCUCCUAGAAGGAGACGAAGACCUCACCACCGACGCUCUCCCUGACGAGGGAGACAGCGAAGCCCCCAGCAGUUCCUUCUUCGACUACCUCGGCAGUCUCUUCAGCGAGUACUUCACGGACUACACUGCCGAGGACUACCCCAACGACUACGCCUACUAUUACGACGAGGCGGAGUACGACGCUUCUGAAGUCAGUUCGACCACUGUCCUGCCAGGAAGCGAAAACCUUGGAUCAGAUUACCUCGUCCUCGAGACUGGUUCCCAGUACGAGGUGACCAUACGCCCCACGGAGCCAGAGGUAAGCCCCACCGAGGCCAAGGGCCACAGAACCAAGGAGAAAGAUGACAGCCAAGGGCUUCUUUCAAAGGCGUCUCAGGCAAAGCCUUACCGCGGAAGGGUCAAGUUCAGUGAUUACUUUAAGGCAACCGACCUCCCCGUCACCACUUCUAUCACCUCGACCACCACCCUCUCCCCACUCGCGACCUCCAAGAGGCCCAACAACCUCGUUGCUUCAGGAGGAUGGAAGUUCGCCAAGAACUCCAAGGGCGGCGAAGGCCGCAGGGGCGAGUCCAGCCGAGCUCUUCGAAGGCCCCAACAGUCCAGGAAGACCCCCGAAACUAUCCUGAUGAUGACCUUGGCCCCUUACCCCGAGUACAUCGUCAAGGGUUACGACCUGAAGGCUUUAGCUAAGAUCGUUGAUCUGUUCAGCUUGCCAACCCACAACCUGACUGAGAAGUCUGCCGAGGGCCACCCAUCUGAAACUUUCCACCAUUCCAGACUUAUGGGAGUGUCCGACUUGCAAAAUGCGGACUCCAUUGUGGAUCUUGUGGUCAGCCUAGGAAUUCCCCUGGAUCGUCUGAUCCUCGGCAUGCCUUCUUCAGCAGUUGUGUUUACCCUGGAGGACUCUGAACUCAACACACCCAGAUCUCCUGCCGUCGCACUCCCUGAAUUUACCUCCUACAGGAAGGCUUGUCAAAAGAUGGAAACCGGCAACUGGACUGUUGAAAGAGACGAGGACCUCACUGGACCCUACGCCUUUUUGAACGACACCUGGAUCGCCUUCGACGACCCCACCAGCAUCAAGAUCAAGAGUAAGUAUGUCCUCCUCCGAGGAAUGGCUGGUGCUGCCAUCCAUGAUCUAGACCAAGAGGACUACGAUGACCAGUGUGGACAAGGAAGAUAUCCAAUUCUUUCUGCUGUUUACAGUACUUUCACCGAGUUGGCCAGAACUCCUCGUCGUGCCUUGCUUCAGAGUCUUGUAAAUGACUUGGAGGCUGAAGAAUCAUCCUUCAAUUCUGUGUCCGUAUCGGCUCGUGGAGACCUCAGAAACUCCCCUUACAGGAUCGUCAGGAUAGUUGAUAGAACUGGAGCCAUCACUGCAGUCAGGGCCAGCUCAGGAUCAAGAUUUGAGUGCUCUCGCCAGGGAUACUAUCGUGACCCUGCUGACUGCUCACAGUUCUACCGCUGUGUUAAAUUCGACCAGUAUGUGGACGACUUCACAGUUUUUGAGUAUUCUUGUCCACCUGGAUUGGUGUUUGAUGACCGAUGGGAAAUCUGUGCUUGGCCCUCUGCAGCUCCACCUUGCGAUGGAUCCUCUGAGAUUUUCCCAGUUCCCAGAAGGAAGUUCAACUGUCCAGGAGAAGGAUACUUCACUGAUCCAGAAAAUUGCAGAUGGUUCUUUGCUUGCAGAGAUUAUUAUGGAAACGGUAGCUAUGUGCAAUAUGAAUUCAGAUGUCCAUUUGGUCUAGCAUAUGAUGAGGAUAAUGGUAUUUGUAACUGGCCUUGGCUAGUCAGCAGUUGUGGUCACACUGGUCCAAUUCCUGGUAACUAUGACGAUGUAGAUUUUAAUGCUUCUCCUGUUAGUGUUCAUUCUAUUGCUGGAGGUAGACCCAGUCAAGGCAAGGCCAUAGAAAAUAGAGGAGGAUAUUCACAAAACCAGCAUAGUGGAAGCAGUGAAAGCUGUGAGGGAUGUGGUUCAAUUGAGGUAUCAAUUGGUGGGAAAGGAGUGUAUAGCGCAGAAAGAGGUAUAAUCAUUUCACCUAACCACAGUAAUGGCCGUCUGUCGUAUAACAACUUCAGAAAUAAUGGAAGUCCUUCAGGUUCUCGCAGCCGGUCAAAGCAGGUUGAUGCAGGUGCUGCAGUUGCCUUUGGAUCUUCUUCUCAUUCAGCCAGGAGACCAAGUAGUGGCUCUAGGGGUUCUGGACGUGGCAGUGGAGGUAGAGGAUCAGGAAGCUCUGCUACUGUUGGUUAUGAUUACAGUGCUCCUUCCAGUCAUGGAAGUGGAUUUAGUGGAUCAGGAAGCCAAGGCACUUCACAAGGUUAUGAUUACCAACCACCCACUCGCCCCACUACCAUUGGUUAUGAUUACAGUGCUCCUGCCACAACUUCCUUCCCCUCAGCUCCUGCACCAACAACUCCAGGGUACAGUUAUGACAGGCCAGCUCGUCCUUUCAGUUCUCCUUCAGAUUCUUAUGAACAGCCUGAUAGUUCUGAACCAUCUGGAGGUUAUUCAUAUCCUGAUCCUGAUAUAUCAUUUAAUACACCUACAAGUGCUAGACCUUCUGGGACUUAUUCACCACCUGGUCCAUCUACAAGUUAUGAUAGACCAUCAACUACCACUAGACCAUCUGGGACAUAUUCACCACCUCGUCAAUCUACAAGUAAUCGUCGACCAUCAGCUACUUCUAGACCAUCUGGAACCUAUUCACCUCCUCAAACAUCAGUCACUGCAAGGCCUUCAUCAGGUUAUACGUAUGAAGAACCAUCAUCUCCAUUCAAUGCAGUUUCACCCUCUUCUGGUCCAUCUACAAGUUAUGAUAGACCAUCAACUACCACUAGACCAUCUGGGACAUAUUCACCACCUCGUCAAUCUACAAGUAAUCGUCGACCAUCAGCUACUUCUAGACCAUCUGGAACCUAUUCACCUCCUCAAACAUCAGUCACUGCAAGGCCUUCAUCAGGUUAUACGUAUGAAGAACCAUCAUCUCCAUUCAAUGCAGUUUCACCCUCUUCUGGUAGUCAGCAAAGUCGGCCAUUCAGACCAAUUGAUAAUUCCUUUGAAAGCCAUUCACAGUCUUCUGAAGAGCACUCAUCACCACCUUCUGGUUAUCAGUACAGUGAACCAUCAAUUUCUUUUGAUCCAGUACCUUCUACCCCAUCUUCCAGACCAUCCCCAGGUUACUCAUCCCGAAGGCCAUCUCCAACUACACCAGCAUCCAGACCCUCUCCAUCUUACUCUUCUCCUACGCCAUCACCAACAUAUUCCUCUCCUUCAACUUCAACACCCAGACAAUCUUCUGGUUACUCAUACUCUUCACCUUCCACUUCAUUCAAUCCAACCCCUACUCCAUCAGUGCAGAAACCAUCAAGAGGGCAAUCUGGAAACAGGCCUGCAUCAUCUAAUGUUCCUACACGUGAACCUUCUGGUUAUUCUUACCAAGAACCUUCUACUCCAUUUAAUCCCACUCCUAGCAUAUCUUCAUCAGGACUGUCUGGACAUUUAAGUCCAAAUGCACCAACCUCUUUUGGAUCUAGUAGCGAAGAAACUACCUCUGUAUCAAGCACUUCAGGAUAUUCAUAUCCACAACCUAGUACUCCUUUCAACCCUGUUAGUUCUGUUUCAAACAGACCAUCAGCAUCUUCAAGCUCAGAGGAAUCAGUUGAAUCUGGUUAUGAUUAUUCUCGACCAGAACGACCAUCUACUUCAGUUGAAGUGCCAACUAAUGGCUAUGCCUAUCCUGAGCCAUCUAAGCCAUUUAAUCCUGUUAGUCCAUCAGGAAGCUCUUUCUCUAGUUCUGCUAAUCAACCUGCAGUACCUUCAGCAACUUACAAACCUGCACCAAGACCUAGACCAACACCACCACCUACCUACAGGCCAACACCUAAGCCAUCAUCUAGGCCUACAUCUUCAAAAAGACCUAAACCCACUUCACCUUCCACUUUCAAACCUGUACCAAGUCCAACUCCUUCACCAUCAUACAAUACUCCAUCAGAAACUAAACCCUCUGGAGGUUAUUCGUACCCAGAACCUUCAACACCUUUUUCACCCACUUCUAGUUCUUCAAGUAGCUCUGAAGGUUAUGUAUAUGAAGCACCCUCUAGAUCAUUCAAUCCAUUUGGUGGUUCAUCAGGAAGCUCAGGUAAAACAAUUGAGACUCAGACCCAACAGUCUAACAGCUUCAGUGCUUCUGGUCAUUUUGGAAUCACAAGUAGCAGUGGAUCAAGGCAUUCUGGCAGUACAUCUGGUAGGAAGGGUAGCAGUGGUUCAUCCACUCACUUUGGAUCCUCUGACAGUGAUGAAUCUGGAAGUGGUGAAGCAUCUGGUCACUUUGGGGUUAGCCGUGGCAGUUCUAACAGUUUCAGCCAUUUUAGCUCUUCCAGUGGAUCAUCAGGUUUCACCACUUCAGGCAGCCAAGCUUCCAAGAAGUCUGGAAGCAGUAGUUCAUCAAGCCACUUUAGUGUUGCUAGUAGUUCUAGAAAGCAUUCUUCUGGCGGUGAUGAUGACUCUGGAAGUGUGGAAUCUUACAGUCACCUUGGAGAUAGUCGUGGUACUGGGCAUUCUGGAGGCAGUCAGAGAACUUCCAGCAGCAGCAGUGGUUCAAAACCCUCUAGUGGAGCUGCAGGACAUUUUGGUAGCCAAAGUGGAUUGUCUAGUUCUUUUGGAAGCGGCAGUGGUUCUGGAAGCAGUGGAUCAUUUGCUCAUUUUGGAAGUAGCAGCAGCACAAGAAAAGAUAAAAAUUCUGGAAACAAUGAUGCAUUUGGACAUUUUGGUGUUAGUAGCAGUUCAACAAAAUCUGGAUCCUCGGGAAGUAAUUCGGCAUUUGGGCACUUUGGAAGCAGUAGAGGUUCUGGCAGCAGUGACGAAUCUAGUAGUGAGUCAGCGACAAAAACCAGCUCAUCCUUUGGUCACUUUGGAGGAAGUAGUUCAUCUCAAAAGAAAGGUUCCUCAGGAAGCAGAGGAAGCUUUGGAAGCAGUGGAGCAGCCAACCAUUUUGGUGGUAGUAGUGCCUCUGGUAGCAGCGGAGCAUUUGGACACUUUGGUGGAAGCAGCAGCUCAGGAUCAGGUGGACGAUUUGGAAGUAGUGGAGCACCCAGUCAUUUUGGUGGUAGUGGCGCCACUGGAAGUAGCAAGUCACAGGGCCACUUUAGUAUCAGCAGUAGUUCAAGUGGUGGUGGAUCAACUGGACAUUUGGGAGGUAGUGGAGGAUCGGGAGGCAGAGGGGGUAGCAGUUCUGGUAGUCGAGGAUCUAGUAAUAGCGAUGAGUCAGGAAGUAGUGAAUCUUACAGCCAUUUCAGUGUUGGUAGCAGUUCAGGAAGUGGUGGAGGAUAUGGAAGCAGUGGAGCAGCUGGACACUUUGGUGGUAGUGGUGCCUCUGGAAGCAGAGGAAGUGGUAGUCACUUUGGUUCUACUAGUCAAGGAUCCAGUUCUAGCGACAACUCAGAAAGCAGUGAAUCAUACAGCCACUUUAGUAGUGGUGGCAGCUCAGGAGGUCGUGGAGGAUCAAGAGGCAGUGGAGCUUCUGGACAUUUUGGUGCUACUGGAGGUUCUGGGAAGAAAGGAAGCACUGGAGGAAGAGGAUCAUCUGGACACUUUGGUGGUUCUGGUAGCUCUGGAAGCAGUGGAAGUUCUGGACACUUUGGUGGUUCUGGUAGCUCUGGAAGCAGUGGAAGUUCUGGACACUUUGGGUGGAUUCUGGGUAGGCUUCUGGCAGCAGGGAAUUUUCUGGACACUUUGGUGGAUCUGGUAAGCUCUGGAAUUAGUGAAGCUCUGACAACUUUGGUGGUUCUUGGUAUCUCUGGAAGUAGUUGGAAGCUCUUUCGGACACUUUGGUUUUCUGGUAAGCUUCUGGAAGUCGUUGGAAGUUCUGAAACCUAUGGUGUUUCUGGCUCUGGAAGUAGUGGAAGCUCCGGACACUUUGGUUCUGGUAGCUCUGGAAGUCGUGGAAGUUCUGGAAGCUAUGGUGGUUCUGGUAGCUCUGGAAGUAGUGGAAGCUCCGGACACUUUGGUGGAUCUGGUAGCUCUGGAAUUAGUGGAAGCUCCGGACACUUUGGUUCUGGUAAGCUCUGGAACGUUGGGAAGGUUCCUGGAAGCUAUUGGUCUGGUAGCUCUGGAAGUAGUGGAAGCUCCGGACACUUUGGUGGAUCUGGUAGCUCUGGAAUUAGUGGAAGCUCCGGACACUUUGGUGGUUCUGGCAGCUCUGGAAGUAGUGGAAGCUCCGGACACUUUGGUGGUUCUGGCAGCUCUGGAAGUCGUGGAAGCUCAGGAAGUCGUGGAAGCUCUGGACACUUUGGUGGUUCUGGCAGCUCUGGAAGUAGUGGAAGCUCCGGACACUUUGGUGGUUCUGGCAGUUCUGGAAGUAGUGGAAGCUCUGGACACUUUGGUGGUUCUGGAAGCUCUGGAAGUAGUGGAAGCUCCGGACACUUUGGUGGUUCCGGCAGCUCUGGAAGUAGGGGAAGCUCUGGAGGCUAUGGUGGUUCCGGUAGCACUGGAAGUAGUGGAAGCUCUGGACACGUUGGUGGUUCUGGCAGCUCUGGAGGCUCUGGACACUUUGGCGGUUCUGGCAGCUCUGGAAGUAGGGGAAGCUCUGGAGGCUAUGGUGGUUCUGGUAGCUCUGGAAGUAGUGGAAGCUCUGGACACUUUGGUGGUUCUGGCAGCUCUGGAAGCUCUGGACACUCUGGCAGUUCUGGCAGCUCUGGAAGUAGGGGAAGCUCUGGAGGCUAUGGUGGUUCUGGUAGCACUGGAAGUAGUGGAAGCUCUGGACAUUUUGGUGGUUCUGGCAGCUCUGGAAGCUCUGGACACUUUGGUGGUUCUGGUAGCUCUGGAAGCUCUGGACACUCUGGCAGUUCUGGCAGCUCUGGAAGUAGUGGAAGCUCUGGACACUUUGGUGGUUCUGGCAGCUCUGGAAGUAGGGGAAGCUCUGGAGGCUAUGGUGGUUCUGGUAGCUCUGGAAGUGGUGGAAGCUCCGGACACUUUGGUGGUUCUGGCAGCUCUGGAAGCUCUGGACAUUUUGGUGGUUCUGGUAGCUCUGGAAGCUCUGGACACUUUGGUGGUUCUGGCAGCUCUGGAAGUAGCGGAGGCCUUGGACACUUUGGUGGUAGUGGAAGCUCAGGAAGAGGCAGUAGACCUGGAAAAGGUAGCUCUGGGCACUUUGGUGGUAGCAGUGGAUCUGAUGAAUCUGGCAGCACUGAAAUCAGAGGUAAUGUUGGAAGUGCAGGUAAACCAGGAAGUAGUAGCAACAAUGCACUGGGUAUCUUCGGAGUCGGUGGAACUUCUGGUGGAUAUGGAAAGUCAAGACCUCGUCCCAAGUCAGGAAGUUCAUCGGGAGCACGGAAGUCAGUUGCUGGUGGGCCGUCACUCGUUGCCAAGCUCACUGGGGGUCGCAAAUUCCAACGAUUCGGACCAGGAGGUGUCCGAGAUUUCGACGAUACUCUGGGACCAGAAGUAUGCGAAAGAGCCGGUCUUUUCCGUCACCCAGAGACAUGCGAUAAAUUCUACGAAUGUUACUGGGACAAAUGGGUGGAGCGGUUCACACUUCAUGUCUUUGAUUGCCCCAUUACAAUCGUUUACGAUUCAGGCAUCACUGCUUGUAACUGGCCUUUCAAUGGCCCGCCUUGCCACGAUAGUAGACAUGCUUAAAAAGACUGAUUCUAUUUUAGGAUUUGGAAGCAAAUAUUCGGAGAAAUAUGCACUGAUCUUUGAGAUUAUAUUACACUUGAUAUGAAACCUUCCGUUUAAUUAUGUAUAUUUAUUACAUCUGUCUUUCAUAUUUAUUGAUACAACUUCCGUGAUAUUUAUUGAAAUGUAUUUAUUCUUACCAGAAUGGCAGUCUGUCAUAUAAUAAUAUCGUAGAAAAAAAUAUUAGUACUGUAAUGUGCCAAAAACUUCAUGGCUUUCUAUAUCAUGGCCCAUCCCUUGACGAAAUGGGAUAUAUAUAUGUAACAAGAGAUUCCGAUUUAUUUUCUUAUUAUUGUAAUCUAUAUCGAAGCCUUUCUUCUAAGACACAGUAGAGUUCCGAUACGAAAUUAAUCAGGUCACUGUUAUUAUUAUAUACUAAAAUAUUUAGAAUACAAGUUCACGGUAGCGAAUCCCAUAUUUUGCGCUCUCGACCCUUUGCAAAUUGCUCAUCGUCCUCACGUUUUUUUUUUAUAGCAAACGUUUGUUGUAUACUACGAAUAUUUAAAGAAACAAAUAGUCCCAUGUCUUUCAACGAUAAGGUUCUAAGCAUAGUCAUUUUCUAUCCGUAGGUGCUCACUGAUAUCUGUAAAAUACAAGCUGCAGUUUUGCCAGUCCCUUGUAUGAUAUUUUACAUAAAAGCACCAGGCUACCUGUACACAAGUACCUUUUUUCCAAUUCGUACCUUAUACUUAAGGCAUAAAACCUUAUUUUUUGCAUCAUGAAUUCUGAUCUGUAAAGACGCGGAAACCUUUAAUCAUAGGUUGUAGAUGUUGGGUAAGAAGCCUGAUUGACAGCGAUAAAGUAACUCGUCAGGAUGCAUGGUGCGAAUGAUGCAAACUCCUUUAGCUGAUAUUAAUAAUUAGUGCUUUUUUUGGGGGGGAAAGGUUUUCCUGUUAACAUAGCGUUUGGGGAUGAGUAAUUGCAAUCACUUCUGCCUCUUUUUGCUUUGCCUUGAGAAUAUUUCCUCAUUUCUUCAUUUUUUUUUCUUGAGCUUUCUAUUUUGGGAACGGUAUGAUUUACAUACACACCAGCUUCGGAAAUAAUGCGUGCCACUUUUUUUUAUGGGCCCCACAUCGUGCAAUAUAUUAGGAUAAUAAGGACUGUAAUAGAUGACAUGGUUCACUCCUCACAUAAUGAGGAGCUUUUUUCUUUUUUUUUUUUUUCUUUGUAAGAGCGAAGGCCGGUGGAAAGGACAACCUAAUGUCCCUUUUGUAGCCUAGGCCCGGAGAGCAAAGGAAUGUAGCGUUGAACGCGAAACCUUCGAUAUUUUUUUAUUGCUUUCUCCAUCUCCGGCUCCACUGGCCAUACGAGUGAACCACCUCGUAUGGAAGGUCCAUUGGAAGGUUGUAAACUACUGCUUGCUAUAUAUGAAUUGACACUUCCGCCUGACUCAAGUCCAGUUGUGAAUUAGAUGCAGUUAAUUUAGGACCAAUUAUAUAAAUAUUUACAUUCGGUCUUGCAACAUCGCCUUCCGGGUUAUUAGGUUAGGCGAUGAGUGAGUGAGAAAGGCUUCAGUCAAGCGAGAGUCUGAAUCAUAUGGAUGACUUGUAAUAACUUAUUUAUGUAUAUUUCUGUAUAUCAUUCUGCAAUGUAUAUUUUUGUAUUCACUCGAAAAAAAACCAGUGAGAUAUUUAGACACAAAUUGAUAGUGGAACGAUUUAUAAAGGGGGAAGAUGUUGUAGUUUGUAAUUAUUAAUAAACCAAUUGGUAUUUUA